AUGCCACCUAACAAUAACCUCAAUGUUGGUGCGAACCCAAAACCAAAACCACCACCACCACCACCCAUACCAUCCAACAACAUCAUAUUCAUCGACCUUCUUCAAAGUCCUGCGUCUGCCAUUGUUCAUAGAGGGUGGGUAAACUAUCAUGGUGAAAGGAAACAAUCAUUCAAGAAAAGUAGAAAAAUCGAAUGA